UCCUUUUGGCUUCGCGCGCCCUAGCCUCCCGGCCGUUCCCAACCAAUCGGCUGCCCUUUCAGCUGAACGUGUGGCGUCACACGUACCGUCCAAAAUGGCGUCGGCAACCAGGGAAGAGCUUCGACCUUUUCUCUAGCGAGGUGAGGGAUGAAAAGAGCGCUGCUUGGUCCCUGAUGAACGCUGGGGGAUGGAGAUCUGGUUACCCAGACUCUUGGGAGCCAUCGUCAGCGUCCUCCACCACCCCGACGACAAUUCGAGAGAGAUUCUUCACGGCACGAGAACGGAGAGAGAGGACCUCACAGUGGCCCGUACCCUGUUCUCGGUGUUAAGAGUUGAAAAUCGAGGAAGGGAAUCCGAGCGUUCUCGGCUUGGGGCUAUGCCGUGUGCGAAAUAGGAAAACUAGUGAUAUCUUGUGCUAUAUCUGUCCAAGGGAAGAAGGGAUUUACUUGUGGCACUCACUACAUCCUGGGAAGGUCCAAGAAUCCAGUAGUUGUUCAGUCCAUAAAACUGGGUGUCUCAGCUGGUCUUCAGCACACACUGGAAUCCUGAGGAAGUAGGCUCUAUGCCAGUGAAGGAACAGACUUGCCAGAAAAAGCAAGCAAAGCAAGAAGCAAGCUUCCUUUUUCCAUGUCGUUUGUACAGGCUGCAGGCAGAAGCUGUGGCCCAGAUUAAUGAUGGAUUUACUCACCUCAAAAAAUCCAGAAUAAUGCUGGUUUGCUCUUCUGAGGAAGUUGGAAGUUGCCCGUUUGCUACGUCCUGGGCUCCAUGUGGGUAGAGCGUGGUUGAGCUGUGCAGCCAGGCCAUGAUGAGCUAUACACAUCUGUCAUCAAAUAGGGAAGACUGGCAGGCCAUGAAUGCAGUGACCUAUGACGAUGUGCAUGUGAACUUCACUCCAGAAGAGUGGGCUUUGCUGGACCCUUCCCAGAAGGCUCUCUACAAUGAUGUGAUGCUGCAGACCUUCAGGAACCUCACUGCUAUUGGCUACAAUUGGGAAGGUCAUGAUAUUGAAGAGCAUUCUCAGAGUUUCAGAAGUUGUGGAAGUCCUCUUAAAUGGCAUGAGAGAAUUCACAUGGAAGAGAAGCCCUGUGAAGUUAUUCAAGAUGAUGAACCCAUUGCAUAUCAUAGUAAACUGCAAAUAUAUAAAAGAGCACAUAACAGAGAGAGGCCCUACAAAUGUGACCAGUGUGGUAAAGCUUUUACAUCUCCCAGUGGUCUUCAAAUGCACAAAAAAACACAUACAGGAGAGAAACCUUUCAAAUGUAAGCAGUGUGAUAAAGCUUUUGCAUAUCAUAGUUACAUUAUAAUUCAUGAAAGAACACACACUGGAGAGAAACCCUACAAAUGUAAUCACUGUGUUAAAGCUUUUACAUCUCCAAGUGAGCUUCAAAAGCAUAAAAGAACACAUACAGGAGAAAAACCUUACAAAUGUAAGCAGUGUGAUAAAGCUUUUGCAUAUCAUAGUAAUGUGAUAAUUCAUGAAAGAACACACACUGGAGAGAAACCUUACAAAUGUAAUCACUGUGUCAAAGCUUUUACAUCUCCCAGUGAUCUUCAAAAGCAUAAAAGAACACAUACAAGAGAGAAACCUUACAAAUGUAAGCAGUGUGAUAAAGCUUUUGCACGUCAUAGUUAUGUUCUAAUUCAUGAAAGAACACAUACUGGAGAGAAACCCUAUGAAUGUAAUCGGUGUGGUAAAUCCUUUAUACAUUCCAGUCAUCUUCACAGGCAUGCAAGAAUACAUACUGGAGAGAAACCUUACAAAUGUAAUCAGUGUGGUAAAGCUUUUGCAUAUCAUCAUAAUGUACUAACUCAUGAAAGAACACAUACGGGAAAGAAACCCUUAUGAAGGCAAUCAGUGUGGUAAAGCCUUUUAAUAUCAGAAGCUUCUCUAAAUACAUAAAAGAAAACAUGGGAGAGAAAAAUUAUUGAUAUGAUCAAUGUGAUAAAGCCUUUACAUAUCACAGUAGUCUUCUAAGGCAUAAAAGAACACAUAGUGGAGAGAAACCCUAUGAAUGAAAUCAGUGAAGUAACGCCUUUGUAAUUCAUAGCAAUUUUCAAAAAUAUAAAGGAACACAUAUAGGAAAGAAACCCUAUGAAUGUGACUAAUGUUGAAAAGCUUUUGCAUAUAUCAGAAGUCUUCAAAUUCAUGAGAAAAUAUACUGUACAGACACCUGAUAAAUAUAGUCAGUGUGGUGGUUUUUUUAUUUUAUGGUAGUUUUUCUACAAGAAUAAGGCUUUAGUGCAAAAUUGGUUAGAGCCUUUUCAUAUUAAAGUUCUCUUUGAGGAAGUGCAAAACAAAUGCUGAAAAGAUUCUAACUAAAAAGAAUCUGGCACCAUUUUCAGCAAAUAUACAUUAUUAAGUUACACAGGAGUGUUGAUUUUGGAGAAAAAAUGCUGGCAAUAUCAGCAGUCUGUCCAUAGAUUAUAGUGUCCUUUACUUUGUUUGCCCCUGCAAACGCAUAUGAAGGAAAGCCCUACAAAUUUAAAUAAUGAUGUAAGCCUUUUAAAUUUCACACUGCUCUUCAAUUAUAUUAAAUAUCUAAUCCAGUUGAAACAUU